AUGGCUGCACUUGGACCGAUCCAUACUUGUGCUGAAGCCAAGAGAAAAUUGUCCCGAGACAACAAACCAGUGCUUGAUGGUUUGUGGACGACAUUAAUAUGCACUGCAUCAAAACCUGAGAUGACCACUUACAUCAGGAAUUCAAAUAUUUGCAUGCAAGAGAUAAUUCCAGGUAUUAUCAAAGGUAAAAUAAAAGAUUAUGAACAAAGCAAGGAAAAUCAAGUGAGAAGCUUGCGUGUACUAUAUGAAGGAGGCCUCAUGAACAAGAGAAAGUACACAAGCAUUACAAACAGUUCAGAUGUCGUGAAAGAGACUGGAAAGAAAAAGAAAAACCAGAGAACAGAAUUUAUGAAAGCAUGUGAAGUUCCAAAAAUUUUGCCUAACAAAACACUCGGGAGCUUUGUCAGAGGCAUAGAAAUUGGUGAAGCACUAUCCUUGGAAGAUCUGGCCAGGAAACAUUCCCUGGAAUCAACAUCUGGUGUAUACAGGCCCUUGAAACCUUUUCUGCUGAGGCUUGCAGAUAUGUACUUGUUUCUAGACAACAAAAACCCCUGCCUGCAUUGGUUCAAUAGAGAAAAAGGAGUUCUGCAUGUAGCCAUUGGUGCCGACGGUGCUCCCUUUGGGAAGGAUAAUACAGCAACAGCAUACCUUUUCAGCAUUUUAAACCUCCUGAACAGGGUGCAGAGCUGCAAUGACAACCACCUUCUGAUGGGUACUAAUUGUGCUGAAGACACUCCAUUAAUGAAACAGUAUACCAAGCAUUUGGUCAAAGAAAUGAAGCUUAUAGAGGAGGCUAAACGCACCACUGACCAAGGCUAUGUGGUGGAAUUUAGAUUCCAAUUUAUCCCAGCUGACAUGAAAUGGGUGUCAUCCAUAUCUGGGGAACUAAAUAACUGUGCAGUUUACUUUUCCCCUUUUGCCAAUGCGAACCAAACUGACAAAACCACUAUCGGUGGCUCAAUUGCUGGACCGGAAGCAACUUGGCAAUCGUGGGAUUACAACAAGUGGAUUCUACUUGUAGAGAAGGUUGAAAAGUUUAAAGCCAAACUUAAAGAUCCUGAAGGGAAACAAAGAGCAGAGGUCACCAAGUUAAUUGCCAAGGAGAAAUCUAGGCAAGAAUUUGUUCCCCCCUUGGGCAAAUAUGCGGAUUUAGCUAAGGCUGAGCCACUACACAACACCAACAAUGCCUGGCAGCAGUGGUUUUCAGUUCUCCUGACAGUGGCCAUGCAGUACACUGACCAAGCUAAACUACGGAUAGCAACAGUGGUAUCAGACCUUCCAAACUCGUCACCACUGGUAGCAUUUUUGAAGUGUGUAUUCACUGGACUAGAAUCAAAGAAGUUUUCAUGGAACUUUGCUUACCUUAUUCAGGAACUGUUGCAGAUAGACAAACUGUCAAGAUUCGAAGAACUUGUGCCAAAACUAUUUCACAGCAAAUCAUCUGCUGGAGUGAAUCCCACUGUGUGGACCCUUGGCUAUGCUAUCACAUAUCACACCAACCAGCUGCUGGAGAAGCUUGGGUUUGUGCUUGGCCUAAACUCCAUGUAGGGUUGAGAGGCUAAACAUGUCAAGCUAACCAAGUAUGUGGAGAACACUUGCAAUGUGAAGAAAAGUAUGAGGUGGUGGAUUGUGUUCCGUCAUGAGUUUGUCUGUCUCCUAUGGCUUAGAGAGAUGAACCCUUACAGUGUUUCCUACUGGCAAGAGAAAAAGAAAGGUUGUGACUCCUACAUACCUAAGAGGGUCAAAGACAAUGAUAACAAAUUUUGUUACUGUGGUUUUCCCAAGUUAAAUGCAAAUGAUGAAGGUUGCACAGUAUGCACAGGCAAUGUGAUGCAACUAGUCAAGCAAAGUGUUGCCACUGGAGAAGUUAACGCUGAGCUCAAGCAGUUUCUUGAACAGUUGUAAUCUAAGUUUUUUUGUAUAUAUCAGGGUAAAAAAAGAUAAAGUCUGCAUUCUAGCCUAGUGGUAUGAUAUCAUGCCAGAGUUUAUCCUGCAUGAAGCGACUAAGAGUAUUUCUACCUUCCUGGAUGGAAUGCUGGUCAGUUGGAGGGUUACCCCAGCAUUAAACUCACUGGUACCCAUUUAUACACCUGGGUGAAGAGAGGCACUAUGAGAGUAAAGUGUAUUACUUUACUUUAAUCAUU